AUGACUGAGCCAAGAACGCAGAGUCAGAGUCAGCCUCGGUCUCAAUCCUCACGCGAUGGUUCAAUCAGCUCAACCAAUUCAGCAGGAGGAGGAGGAGCUGUACCGACAGGAGGAGCGGCUGGCUUUCUGUCCAAGAUCACCAGAUCCCCUUCGCGCAGACACAAACCUCUAGGAUCUAACGGCUCCGUCGACGGUGCCCUCUCUGCGGCAGGCUCAACACCACCUCGCCCUCGUCCCCGACCAGCCUACACGCGAACGGCCACUGCCCCUCCUGCGCCCGUCACCUUCAACACCAUCAAACCCGAUCUCGUCGCCCGAACCAACAGUGACGUGACCAAUCACGCUACAUCUGACAACAAUAUGCUAGCCCUUCCAAUUGGGAGUAUUGGCCCAGUCUACAACCCCUCGGGCGUGAAUCGCGCGCCGCUGCACAAAGUCUCCAGUAAUGUCAGCGUUGGAGAUGAUACCGCCAGCACGCACGCAACGAAAGGCAAAGAAAACACACCGCGAGAGGUGGAUGUGCCCUCGGCGUUGGCACUCAAUGGGCUGCUCCUGAACAACUCGGCCGUGGCAGGAGCAAACCAGGCCAAUUAUUUUGCCUCUUACGCGCUGAUACAAGAAUUGACACACAAGAGGAUAGGAACGUUGGAGUACCUGCGAAAGGCGCACGAGGGCAGGACUUUUUGGUUCAAUACAGUCCAAUUCCAUGAGGCCGAUAUCACAAAACUGCCGUCGUAUACGCCCAACCGACUUUCACGACGAGCAGUUAAUUUCAUGCUCUUGGGCAUGUCUCUGCCAACGAUUCUAGACUUUCACCCUCCUCAGCCGCAGACUCAAACCAACGCUGCGAAUAGCACAGCUGUCGCACAAGACUAUUUGAAGAAUUUGAAUACGCUUUUUACCGAGUUUGAAUCCUUCCAACAACUACAUCCCCCUGAUGGCAGUUCGACAAGUUCAUUGAGUCGGGCUCGAAUCCCUCAAAUGUUCAAGAGGGCCACUACGACGUCCAGACCUCGGAAAUCAAGCGGACCGGUCACUGACAUUGGCCUCCCCAUGCUUCCGACUACUUCACCGCCCUCAUCAGUGCCGGAAGGCGGGCACCAUGGCUCACAACCCUCGAUAGAUACUACGGCCAGUGGAGCUACUUUUGCCUCAUCGACAACCACGCUGGUGAAUCCUUCGCCUUUGGCUCCCAUGCCAGCAGUCAACUUUCCCAGCGCAUCAGCAUUUCCUCCUCCAGCACCAUUCGAUGCGCCGAACUCAACACUGUUACCCAAUGAGGGACCCUACACGCAUCUUCAAACUCCGCCUCUCCCGUUCACGCCGGACUUUUUCACCGUGUUUGCAACCUUGUGCGACACGCUGAUCGACACUUAUCAGCGGUUGCUACAGAUUCUGACGGGUCCGGCGGCUUGUACAAACGUUAUCAGUGAGCUAUUCGCCAAAGUCGACGGGCGAAUACGAAAAGUGAUCGUCUCCUCGAUCAUACGGGAGUUUGAGCAAGCUUCUCGGGAGGCGGCCAAAAGAGAGAUGAUAGGCGUGCAGAAAGUGGUGUUGGGAGGAUUGAUGGCAUGA